AUGGACCCAUUGAAAGCACUUUUCGAGAAACAAUUCGGCAAACAAUGGAGUGAGCCAGUUGUCAAAAAUGCCGAUUCCAGCUCUGAAGCAGAAUCAGAACCAGAGGCACUAGGAUCAGAGCCCGAAGAAUCAAGUGAAAGUGAAGAGGACGGACCCGUGACAGCCAAGCACACUGAAACUUCUAGCUCAAGUGUGCUCAGUAGUGCAGAAAGAAGAAGGUUUAUGGUUUCGGGAGCUCCCAAAAAGGCUGGAAAGGCAGACAAGCCCAAAAAGACCAAGGAAGACGAAGAGGACCUCAAAAACGACUUGGAGCUGCAAAGACUCAUCGAAGAAUCACACAUUUUGCAUGAACAACAGGAAUUCACAGGUGCUGAUAUUUCAAUAGGUGAUCCUAUGGAAUCAAUUGGGAAAAACCGAAUCAAAAUCCUCGAGGCCCGGCUCGCCAAAGCUGGGGGAAAGAAAAAGGCAGAAAAAAUGCCAAUGGCCAUCGCUAAAGGUAUUAAGGCAAAGGCAAAAGAGAGAUCUGAAACCCAUAGAUCAAGAGCAAAAGAAGCUGGUAUUGUUUUGGCUCAUGAAAAGAAGGUCAGAAAGCAGCGGGUCCAUGAUCGCGGUCUGAAAAUCAACAGCGUCGGAAAAUCAACCGCACACGGUGUAUCCGUGUCUCAAAGAGAUAUUGCACGGGUGCAGAAUAAAACUCGACGAAGGAAAAGAUAA